GCAUGCGUUAAUCAUGCAUUAAUAAGCUGCAGCUUUGCGCGCUCCCGAUUCUUCCACAAGACAACAAACACGAUGCUGGAGGCCCAAAUGGAGGACUGUCUUGUCCAUGGAGACUCUCCCCGUCUGGUGUGUGUGCUCCGAGAGGAAGGCGUGACACACUGCAUGCUUACCAGACUGGACCAGCUGGUCAAGAAGCUGAGCGGUGCCGAGUACGGCCAAGUGACCGUGGUCUUGAAGUCUUUGGAGAGUCUCACGGAUAACAAAGACGACCUGAAGAUGCUGCUGGACCUUGGAGUCACUGCCAAAGUUUUGCUGUGGUUCCAAACGUUACGUGACCUCUUGACCGCCGACCCCUUGAGAAGCUCCGCCCAGCUGGUCACGCUUACCUUAAGCUUCUUCGACUUCCUGCUUCUGCUGGGUCAGUCGUCUCUUCCAGUCCAUCAGCUGGCCGUGCUGCUUUUGGAGCUCCUUCAAAUGGUUCUGGAGCAGGAAGCCCCCUACUCUCUAAGAUUGGAGGCCAUCAGAACCUUCAACAUCACCCUGGACUCUGUGAGCAUAGAUCAGAAGAGCAAUGUCCGAAAGGAACAGACACUCGUCCAGAAGAUGUCGCAGGUGGCGGCCGCCAUUCAGACAGCAGGAGACUAUGACCUGCAGGUGAGCCUAUCGGAGGCCUUGUGUCGUGUGACUCCCAGGGAGGAUCGAAGCCACAGAGCCAAUCACUGGUUCUCCUGCUGUGACAUCAGCAAAGCCUUCUGUGACAUCAGAGAUGCCAACUUUGAGGCGGACUGUAGGUGUUUCCUGAACUUUCUUAACCUUCGCCAUGGCAACCAGAGAAAGGUUCACACCUUCCCAUGUCUGAGAGCCUUCUUGGACUCCACAGAGCUGUUUCGCCCCAAAGACGACAAACUGGAUGAGUUCUGGGUGGACUUUAACUUUGGGUCACAGCGUGUCAGCUUUUUCAUAGACAUGCCUCAGGGUUUCCUGUGGGAGUCCAUCCAUCUUCAGAGGGAGGACGUAAAUGAGUACAAGCUAGGACUCCAGCAGGAUGAAUGCACUGAGGGUCAGGCGGUCCUCAGUGUCCAGCUGAGUGUUCCCAUCUUGUACCUAAACACCAAAAGUUGGAGGGUGAAGCUGCUCUUCCGCCCGGAGCUCCUCGAAGCGCUGGAGGUGGCGGCCAGGAUGAUCUUUGCUGUGUCUCAGGAAAAAAGUGGUGAAAAAUCUACCCCAGAGACCCGUAGACUCUACAAUAGGAAGAAGCGACCAAGCCAGCUGAAGGUUCUUCCUUUGUCGUCCCCAAGCAGCGAUGAAGAUUCUUUCACCAAGAGGCCUCGUAUAAACCGAGCUUCAGUCCUCUUCGACCAAGUUAUACACUCUACGCCAUCGUACAACUCAGUUCCAGGCCUUCUUGUGGAGGCGAUGCCUAAGAGCUUUCAAGAAGAGUUGGAUCUUUCUACAGCAACAAAGGAAGUUUCCAGUUCGGACAGGAAGCGAACCCCUCAGGAGUCAGGCUACCUGUCAGAUGGGCUUGAGGCUGUGUUAGCACAGCAAGGUGUGGAACCCAAAAGUGUGGAGCCGAAAGAGUGGUCACUUCAGGAAGGGGUGGAGCCCUUUGAGGAGGAGGAAGAGCCUCUUAGAGACAAGGCAGAGCCAUCCUUGACAAACCAGCAGGAGCUUGUCAAUGUUCUGGAGGUGGACACACAGUUCCAUUUGACUUCAAGCAUCCAAAAUGCCUUCAGCGUCUUCAAAACCAAACUAGAAGAACAUUACACUGGCUGCUGGCAGAAAAUGGAAUCUGAAAUUCAGUCGUCACUGAAAGACUGUCAGGAACAUGUCUCCUCGCUGCUCUUGGCUGUCCAUCAACACAGGUUGAUUCUGAUGCAGAGCUUUGAGAAUUCCAUCGCAGAUCAGCUCAAGUGUUUGGAGGAAAACUCGACCAACCUUAACAACAUGUGCUCUCAGAUUCUAGGGUUCUUCCAGACGGAGAUAAAGCAACUGUCCGACUUCUGCGACCAACACCACCAGCGGUUGAGGUCCUUAGAAGUUGCAAGUACGGAGGCUUCGUCCAGCCAAUGAGGAAAUGCUGAUGCAAUAAAUCCUACCUUGUAUUGGACUUUGUUAUUCAGGCAAUGUUUGUAAACACUUAUAAUCAUGUCAACAAAGUUAAUGUGUAAGUCGUCUGUAACCAUGGUAACUCCCUAGCUGAUAAGGCUGCAAUGUGUACUAAUCAGAGGUGGGUAAAGUAGCCAAAAAUUGUAAACAAUUACUUCAGUAGGUAUUCAGUGAAAAAACUAUUCAAGUACUAAUUAACUGUAGAGUAACUUCUGAUUUAUUUAGUUUGUAAGUAAACAUUUAAAAAAAAAAAAAGGGGGGUGAUGGUCAUGCGGGCAUGUGACGAUCAGGCUCCGUUAGGUGAGAUGGAGUCAAAUGUUUUUGCUGGUCUCAAACUGAGCGCCACCACCAAUAAGAGCUUAGUUUGGGAUUUGCUGUUCUCCUCCUACCCCAUGUUUACCUUUUUUCCUUUCUUUUUUAUGGAGCACUGCCCUAGUAGCGAUCCAUCAGUUUUCCCGUUCAGUCUACCCUGUAUACUGUCUGUUCUUGGACGAGUUUGUACUGAUCUAGAGUUUUUCGCUGUACUUUUUAAGUGCAAUGAGAACAAAAAGUUCUAUCCCAUAGUGCCUAUGUUAGAUUGGUGAAACAUUCAUGUGACCGUACGUUUUGUAAGAAGUCUCUUUAACGAGGCAAACAAUUUGUCUAUGCAAGUAGCAAUCAAUAGAUUGUAAAUAUACUGAUUGUAAUGGAACUUAAUGUGAUUUAAGUAAAAGUGUUUCUUCACAAAUAUAUGUAAAAAGUAUGUUGCGUUAAAACUACUCUAACAAGUACAAUUCAUCCAAAAAGUUAAGUAAAUGUAACUCAAGCAUUACUACCCACGUAUGGUACUACUACACGAGUGUACUGGGAGUUUUCCUGUUGGCCUAUGAAUAUUGGGCCGAUUUAUCUAUUUAUUGGUGCACCUUGCUUCAGUAUUUACGGUAACACUCCCAGGGAUAUUCUGCAACACACUACACCAGAAUACCUGGCCCAAUUGUCCUGGAUGACAAACU